AUGCAACUAAGCUUAGAGGAAGCUUUACCAUCUUUGGUGAAGGCUAAAUUCGGUACUGCGAAAGCCAGUCAUGCCUUGAUCUUCUCUUCCACUGAGCUUUCCAUCUUGCGGACCAGAUCCGGCGCACCUUUCCAACUUCGCUACUGCCCUGCAUUGGCCAAAAAGCCUACAGAUAACAAUGACGAAAACAAGCCUAAAGGACCAAAGCCGGAUCCUUUCGAAAACCCUUCUUCGGACUUGUUGAUAGCAAACAUCCCAAUUGCGAAUGCUAGUCAUCUGCUUGUCUUGAACAAGUAUCCUGUCAUUCCGGAGCACUUCAUCAUUGCUACAAAGCUCAACAAACAACAAACGCAUAUGCUUGAACAAGACGAUCUGGCUGCUACACACGCUUGUCUAAAAGCCUGGGAAGAAAACAAGCAGAAUGGAAAGUUGUUCUCCUUCUUCAAUUCGGGUGAACAUAGUGGGGCUAGUCAGGCACAUCGCCACCUGCAGUUUUUGAGUGUCGAUGAGAUGAAGCGAGAUCAAGAGGUUGGCUCGAGCUGGGAUCCGCUGAUCGAGCGCAUGCUGGAAGCUCCUACCAAUGAAGCACCGGACCUAAAGGCCAAUCCCGGCUUACCAUUCACUCACUAUGCCCUCGAGCUACCUCAGGAGCCAAGUCCAGAGACACUGUACUCGGCCUACAAAAAACUAUACGAAGCAGCUGCCGCCGCGGUCAGAUUAUACAUCUCUUCGAACAAGGAUUCGCGUCUCGAGCUUCACCCAUCCGAGGGAGGAUCAUCACCUAUCAGCUACAACCUAGCCAUGACGACUUCAGCAAUGGCUAUAGUUCCGCGCAGGAAUGAAGGUGCUCCAAUCAAGAACGAUCAGGGUGUCGAAGUGGGCAGUGUAGCCUUGAAUGGCACCUUGUUGGCAGGUACUUUGAUGGUCAAGCUGGAGAACGAAUGGAACGCUCUUCGAGACUCUGAACUGCAACUUGACGACAUCUUGACGGUAAUUGGCAUUCCCCGAUAG